AUGACUUUUUCAGGCAUGUGUCGGUGGAGGGAGAGGUCUGCCACGGACUGCGCGAUGGCGCUACGUGCGGGGAUUCGUAGCGUUGUGAACAAGAAAGAGGACAGCUCGUCCGGAUUAGGCUGGUCGAGAGUGCAUAGGUGGGUCGGGUUGGGCUGCUCCUCCUCUGUGUCGUUGUCUUCGCUGGGGUGGGCCGGGUUGGAGGCCGGCCCGGACUGGCUCUUGGCGCUGAUGUUCUUCUUGUUGGGCCCGGGGGUUCGGGCCUUGCGGGUGAAGCCCCGGUGCCACGCGGGGUCGUCCGAUGAGGUCUUGAGGCGGACUCGGUUGUGGCAGCGGGCCAGGGGAUUGGCAGAGUGGACGGAGAGGUCGCACGCUUGGCAGAGGAAGGCAUCAUCUGUCCCGCACUUGCAAAAAUAA